AUGGAUCGCCUGAUAUAGACGUUGGCGCCCAAGCCCUGGGAUUGGCCUAAAACAGGUUUGUGUUGACCCACUGGCGGGCUUUGGCAUCCUGUCAAACUGCUGUCACCUCCGGACAUAAAAAUGGUCUCGACGUAGUUCUGGGGCAGUCUGCUGGACUCGGCAUGGAAACAGCAGCCAUCAUGCAGGUGCAAACCAAGCACUACCCCAAGAACUGCCUGCUGACUGUCAUGGACCGGUACUCGGCCGUGGUGCGUAACAUGGAGCAGGUGGUGAUGAUCCCCAGCCUCCUGCGGGACAUGCAGUUUAAUGUGCACGGGCACCGGGCCCAGGAUGGGGCCCCUGAUCUCUACAACUACUUCACCAUGCUCAAGGCCAUCCGCGUGGAUGUGGACCACGGGCUGCUGCCCCGAGAGGAGUGGAGGUCCAAGGUGGCAGAUGGCAGGGCCAGUGAGGCUGGGAAUGAAGCUGCAAAGACAGAGAAGGAUGAGGAGGAGAGAAUCUUGGGGCAGCUGGACCUGGAAGCCCAGUUCCACCUGCACUUUUCCAGCCUUCAUCACAUCCUCACCCACCUUACCCUGAAAGCUGAGGAGGUGACAAGGACAUACCAGGAGAUAACGGGAGAGGCCAAGUAGGCCUCGGACUCUAGGGAAGAUCCUUUUAAGUGGCAGAGGGCAGACUCUGAUGAGGACACGGAACACUUCGCUCGCUCUGACGCAGACCAGAAAGGCCUGGACCUGGCGCUGGAAGCAAACAAAGGCGACUUGGCUCUCUGGGAUGCUUCUCUCGCUCUGAGCACCAGCUUGUGGACUUGGCACCAGCUCACCUUUAGGAUGCCUGCUGUUAUUCACAGCUCCCGUCACCCUCUUAGCAGCUUGGGGUGGUGGCCAGUGCUUCAUGAGGGGCUAGGUAUUACCUGGCCAGUGUGGUAUGCCAGAAAGGACGUAGGUUUUAGCAUCUGACCCAACUGAAAUUCACAUCCUUUCUCUGGGCAGUCAUUUACCAUGUGAUCUUGGACGUUAAUUCAACUCACCGGAGCCUAAAUUUCCUCAUCUAUAAAAUGGGAUAGUAUUACCUCACAAGAUUGUUAUGGAAAUUAAAGAUGAUGAAUCAAAAGCA